AUGGACGUACGGCGGAGGAUGGCGCCGCCGCCGGCCGUGGGCGCGCCCCACCGCAAGGCAGCUGGCGCGCCGAGGGCGCUGCAGGCCGGCGACGCGCUGCCGCUACCCAUCCGGCACACGAACCUCAUAUUCUCGGCGCUCUUCGCCGUGUCGCUGGCCUACCUGAUGCGGCGGUGGCGCGCCAAGAUCCGCUCCUCCAUCCCGUUCCACGUCGUCAGCCUCACCGAGAUCCUCGCCACAUUCGUCCUCGUCGCCUCGCUCAUCUACCUCCUCAGCUUCUUCGGCAUCGCCUUCGUCCAGUCCAUCGUCUCCUCCACCGACGAAGACGACGACUUCCUCGUCGCCUCCUCCUCCUCCUCCUCCGCCAAGGCUCCGGCCCCGGCCCCGGCGCCGCCCGCACAGUGCGGCCUCCUCGGGAGCGCCGACGCGGUCUCCGAGAAAAUGCCGGAGGAGGACGAGGAGAUCGUGGCCGGCGUCGUCGCCGGGAAGAUACCGUCCUACGUGCUCGAGACCAAGCUCGGCGACUGCCGCCGCGCCGCGGGGCUCCGGCGCGAGGCCCUGCGCCGGAUCACCGGCAGGCAGAUCGAGGGGCUCCCGCUCGACGGCUUCGACUACACGUCCAUCCUCGGGCAGUGCUGCGAGCUUCCCGUGGGGUACGUGCAGCUCCCCGUGGGCAUCGCCGGGCCGCUCCUGCUCGACGGCCAGCGCUUCUACGUGCCCAUGGCCACCACCGAGGGCUGCCUCGUCGCCAGCACCAACCGCGGCUGCAAGGCCAUCGCCGAGUCCGGCGGCGCCUCCAGCGUCGUGCUCCGGGACGCCAUGACGCGCGCCCCCGUCGCGCGCUUCCCCACCGCGCUCCAAGCUGCACAGCUCAAGGCCUUCUUGGAGGACCCUGCAAACUUCGACACGCUCUCCGUCGUCUUCAACAGGUCGAGCAGAUUUGGGAGGCUGCAGACUGUGCAGUGCGCGAUGGCAGGGAGGAACAUUUACAUGAGAUUCAGCUGCAGCACAGGGGAUGCCAUGGGGAUGAACAUGAUCUCCAAGGGCGUGCAGAACGUGCUGGACUACCUCCAGGAUGACUUCCCUGACAUGGAUGUCAUUAGCAUAUCAGGUAACUUUUGUUCAGACAAGAAGUCUGCCGCUGUGAACUGGAUCGAGGGGCGUGGUAAAUCUGUGGUUUGUGAGGCAGUGAUCAAGGAGGAGAUUGUGAGAAAGGUUCUGAAGACCAAUGUGCAGUCACUGGUAGAACUAAAUGUGAUCAAGAAUCUUGCCGGCUCAGCUGUUGCCGGAGCUCUUGGGGGUUUCAAUGCUCACGCAAGCAAUAUUGUGUCAGCCAUCUUCAUAGCCACAGGCCAGGAUCCUGCACAAAAUGUGGAAAGUUCUCAGUGCAUCACAAUGUUGGAAGCUGUAAAUGACGGCAGAGAUCUUCACAUAUCAGUCACUAUGCCAUCUAUUGAGGUGGGCACAGUUGGCGGUGGGACUCAGCUGGCGUCCCAGUCCGCAUGCCUGGACCUGCUGGGCGUGAAAGGCGCCAACAGGGAAUCCCCAGGAACGAACGCCAGGAUCCUGGCUACCGUGGUGGCAGGCGGGGUUCUCGCCGGGGAGCUGUCCCUCCUGUCGGCCCUUGCCGCCGGCCAGCUCGUCAAGAGCCACAUGAAGUACAACAGGUCCAGCAGAGACAUGUCCAAGGCUGCAUCGCUGAGCUUAACUCCCUGAAUUUAUCAGGGGAAUUAAUGGAGAAACGAAACCCACAGGGUAAAAAUACCCUGCAAGUGUAAAUGGAGAAGAAGGAAGGUUGUGUCGUGUGGUGUGUUUCAGUGUUUUCUCGCUGGCUGAUCAAAGCACUCUUCAGAAAGCGUCAAUUCGUCAAUCGUCGUCAAGCAGCAGUGUGCGAAAUCCCCAUGGCUGAAGCAUUUUACACGAGUUUGGUCUGUUUAUCACUUCUGGUCCGUUUCCUUGGCCGCUAAACUUGCGUCGUUCUCCUCCUGCUGCAGCUACCAUCGCCGUCAGACGCCACGGGCGCUGGAGAAGCUAACAUCUUUGGUCUGUUUCGCUGUUUGUUUGUUCAUAAAGCUUUGUGCAGAAAGUGUAGAGAUCCUCUUGAAACUUGCAACUGUACUUAACUAGAGAUUUCUCUCCUUGCUUCAGGAAGCUAGCCUUGUAACUGUAUAUCACCUUUGUUUGAUCAUAUUUCUUCCUUCGUUGUUAA